CCACAGUGUGGGACUCCACCGUGGCUGCUGGCCUAUCUGGCCUUUGUGUGUGUGACUUCUCUGGUUGACAGCUCUCCAUUGAAGGUGAUGUCUGCCCCAAACGUGCUGCGUGUGGGAACGACAGAGAACAUCUUUGUGGAGUGUCAAGACUGUACAGGGGGAGACAUACAGGUUUACGUCAACGUGAGGAACCAUCCAACCAAGGCCAGGGAGCUGGUGAACACAUCUGUGACCCUUAACAGUGCAAAUCACUUCCAGGCAUUCGGACAAAUAAAGAUCCCCGCUGAAGAGUUGAGCAGGGAUGCCACCGUGAAGCAGUAUGUCAACCUGCAAGCUCAGUUUCCUGACUACCUGCUGGAGAAAGUCGUCCUUGUGUCCUUCCAGUACGCCUACAUCUUCAUCCAGACUGACAAGAGCCUCUACACCCCCGGCAGUAAAGUUCUUUACAGGAUGUUUGCAGUGACACCUCGUAUGGAGCCCAUUGAGAGUGAUGGAAACAAUCUUAAGGAUUCUUUCAUUGACAUUGAGAUUAUGAUAUAAGAACAAGGAUCACGAUGCAACUAUGGCAAUCUUGGAUAUUGGCUUACUAACUGGCUUCACUGUCAACACAAAUGACCUGG